UUGGUCCGGCAGAAGAACAACACAGAGAGAAUGAGAGACACAAAGAGAGAGACAGUAGCAGGACGUGUUAUUUCGGUUAGCAACUUCGAUCUCCCACAGCAGGUGAGUUCGCUAGAGGCUCUUACUUAGCGUUAGCUCGUGUUAAUUCUAUAGAGUAUACUGGCUGGUUUCAGCACCAAGGGUCGUCAACAGCUCCACCAGUAUAUAAUAAGAGAGCUGAGAUUUUGAGAGCCCGCUGGAGGAACAGAUAGAGUAGGUAGAGUUAUAGCAGCACCGGGCACAGUUUCAGCACCAGCAGCUAGAAGCAGACGAGCAGUCCAAUUAUCCAGUUUUAGACCGCUAACGCCGAGAGGACCAUCCACAAAACACAACAACCUAAAGAGUUAGGAUCGGGGUCAACCUAAUCUACCGCCUGGCAAAUACAAGCAACCGUUCCAGUGGAUGAUUAUUUCAGAAUGGCGUCAAAAAUAAUGGGAGUUCUUCUGCUCGGGAUUUUUGCUGUGAAUGUUUCCCAGAUGUCUGCUUUUCCGACACCUGCCGCUACAGAGGAUGUUAAAGAUGUUUAUAACAGACAACUGACUGAAGAGAAACCAAUUAAAGAGCAGAUUGCCGAGGCAGAUAAUGUGAAAGCAGACAACAAUCCUGCUGCAGCACCUAAAAAGUUGGAGGUGGAGCAGGAGAAUGAUGACUUCACUGUGCUCAAGUCGCUGGCAGAAGGUCACAGGUCAAAAGGGACCAAUGAGACACCACUCAGAGACACCCUUGAGAAGGAGCCUUACUACCCAGAUGAAUCAGAUUCCACCAAGAACCGUCGGCUAGCAGAAGACUAUGACUCCACCAAGUUGGAAAAUGAUAAGUUCAAAGAUGACCCAGAGAGCUUCAGACAGGUAGAUGGUACCCCUCUCACAGCUGAAGACAUCGUCCAGAAGAUCGCUACAAAGAUCUAUGAGGAAGAUGACAGAGGAGUGUUCGACAGGAUAGUUUCCAAGCUCCUCAAACUGGGCCUGAUUACAGACAGCCAGGCAGACACUCUGGAGUAUGAGGUGGCUGAGGCUCUUCAGGAUCUCAUCACUAAGAAUGCCAAGAAAAAUGAAAUAGAGGACCUGGGAGUGGACUACGCCUUGACCCAGGGAGACCAGGAAGAUGAGAGGCCUGACGCCAACGUGGAUGUGGAUGAAUCCCCUAACCGUCGAUAUGAUGAAGAAGAAGAUGAUGACGAAGAAGACCAGGCAGCCAUUGAAGAUGACGUUGACAGAGAUCCGGAAGCAGAGGGGGAUAACACAGUGGAAAACAACUGGGAAAAAGAGGGAGAGGCUGAAGAAGAGGAGAGGGGUCUGGGUGAGGAGGAGGAGGGAAACGAGUUGAGCCCUGAGGAUGGCCUUCAAGACCUUCAGUACUUUCCCAACUUCUACCGCCUGCUUAAGAGUCUGGACUCAGAGCAAGAUGCCCAGGAGAGAGAGACUCUGAUCACCAUCAUGAAGACAUUGAUUGACUUUGUGAAGAUGAUGGUGAAAUACGGAACUAUUACACCCGAGGAAGGGGUAACCUACUUAGAGAACCUGGAUGCUAUGAUUGCUCUGCAGACUAAGAACAAGCUGGGGAAAACAUUGGGGAUUCCUGGCUUCAUUACACCAACUGGAAAGACCCAAGAGGAGGAUGACAACACCAAGGCAGAGGCAGCCAAGAUGCAGAAGGAGUAUGAGAACCUGAAAGACUCAACUAAGGAAGAGCCUGUGCCCACCGAAAUCAAUCACCCAGGCCAGUCGGAGACCUACUUGGAUGCGAUCAGAAAGAACAUUGAGUGGCUGAAAAAACACAACAAAGAUGAAGGCAAAGAUGAUUACGACCUUUCCAAGCUGAGGGACUUCAUGGAUCAGCAGGUCGACUCUUACAUCAACAAAGGCAUCAUCGAAAAGGGCGAGGGAGAGACCAUCAAGAGAAUCUACGGCAGCCUGUAAACUUUCAAUUCGACUUUCAAAUGUCCAAUGGCCAACCAUCAAAUAAACUACAGCCAACAAUAAAAUCACAUAAUAGAAAUAUACAAAGCUAAGAUAAACCUAUGACUAGGGCCCAGAUAUUUAUCUGUUCAGGUUACCUGGUUUGGAGAAAUUACUGGCCGUAGGCCUCACAAUCUCUAAAAGUAACAGACUGAUUUUGGUGUGAAUUCUGGCCUUGAUAUCAAUGAGAGUUUGGUGGGAAAGUUUGAGUAAAGUAAGUGGAUCUUAAAUUAGGAUUCAUAUGAUCCGGUUUUAUCCAAAAUAAACUAUUUAGACAAAAUGAAUUGUAAUGCAAUAAUUGUAAUAUCACAGAAAGCAUAUCUAGUCAAUUAUACAGCAAUCAGAAGUUUAGUAUCACUGAUGUUGAAAGAAAUACUAAAGUUAUUCUGUCAAAUCAAAUCAACCAGUCAUUAUAUCUACUAACUAUAUAGCGGCAUCGACAACCUUUGGCAGUGACAUGGUGAAUUACGGAGGAAGGAGUGUUUAGCCAAGGCUAUGUCCAAGAUGGCAGUCUAUUCCUUAUGUAGAGGCAAGGCUAUGUCCCAGAUGGCAGUCUAUUCCUUAUGUAGAGCCAAGGCUAUGUCCCAGAUGGCAGUCUAUUCCUUAUGUAGAGGCAAGGCCAUGUCCCAGAUGGCAGUCUAUUCCUUAUGUAGAGGCAAGGCCAUGUCCCAGAUGGCAGUCUAUUCCUUAUGUAGAGCAGUUGAGACAGUGAUAGUGAUGUUCCCACUAUAGCUCUCAUUGACUAAAGGUCAUAUAUGAUUUUUGCAAUAGACAUAAAAACUGUUUGCAACAAGUACAUAAACACUGACAUGUAUUCAUUCUAUGUAACCUGUCCUAGCAUAUAUUAUUUUUCUGUCCAGUAUCAAUGUCAAAUCUAUUGUAUUAGGGCUUUGACUCCAACAAAAUACCUUGUGUUGUCCAGUGUCAUUUUAGUGCCCUGCCUGUCCAUGCUCUGUUCUCUCGUUUAUUGCUUUGUUCCUCUCGGUAGCCCCGUUUGUUUCUUUUCCCUCUGUAUCAGCAUUCAGGAAAAUGAGUGGAAGGAAUUGCCUAGGCACUGAUCAUUGGUUAGUUUCUCAUUUCCCCCACAAAUGGAUAAGGUUAGAAUUGGGGGAUGAAAAGCUGAUCCUGUUUUGUAUCUAGGGGAAACUUCACCCCGGAGCUCAAAAUGAGUCCUCAUCUUCUGCAUGUCUCAGUAUAUUCAACAUGUAUACUAUCGUUCUAGAGGCACAAAUGGAAGUAUUUUUAAAUGUAAAUAUUUGUGAAUCUUUUCCAAAAAUGUAAAAGAAAUUAAAGCAUUGCCUUUCUGUAUCUUUA